AUGGAGCCCAGCCCGGAGCCGCGGGGUCAGGAGGGCGGAGACAAGCCCCCGGCUGCCAGGCUGGAGGAGGAGGAGGAACCCCUGCAGAGUUCAGCCCCCCACACUCAGGAAGCCCCAAGUGAGGACGUGCCCCUCUCCUGCGCUGCUCCCGGGGACAAGCAGCCAGCAGAGGCCCCUGGAGAAGUAGCUGGGGCCGGUGCUGGGAGAGUCUGCCAGCGCCAGGGCUCAGGGGCCGUCCGCAAAGACAGAACCCUGGGCCCGCCUAGACCCCAGCCUCCGGGGGAAGGGCACCCCUUCCCGGCGAGAGAGGGGAAGCUGGGCAAGAGGCCCUACUCUCCAGCCGCCGGUAAGCAGAAGAAGCCUAACGCUGUGGGUCCGGACUCCACGGCCUCUCCCAGUGUCGCUAACCCAGCCCGGGCCACGUACAACCCAGUGCCUUGUGGGUCAGGCCGGGGCUCCUGCCAUCUGGCCAACCUCCUCAGCACGUUGGCCCAGAACACCCAAAACACAGACCAGAAGAAGUCCCCGGAAGUCACCUGCCAGGGCCGGAAGAAGACGCGAACUCUGUACCGCUCGGACCAGCUGGAGGAGCUAGAAAGGCUCUUCCAAGAAGACCACUAUCCAGACAGCGAUAAGCGCCGGGAGAUUGCCCAGACGGUGGGAGUCACCCCCCAACGCAUCAUGGUGUGGUUCCAGAAUCGCCGGGCAAAGUGGCGAAAAGUGGAGAAAGUGGCUGGGCAGGAGGGCAAGGACGCGGCUGGCGGCCCUGCCCUCAGCCCCACCGGCAACCAGUGCAGCGUCACGCCACCCCCCGCCUGCUCGUACUUGGAGGAGCUGGAACCCCAGGAAUACCAACCUGGCAGCCAGCCAGGACCGUUCCAGUUCUCCCAGGCUCCACAGACCCAGCUUUUCCAACACCCCCAGCCCCAGUUUCCAUACCUGCACCCCUUCCCCUUCCACAUGCCCAGCUCCCUGACCCCUCCACUGCUGGAAGACUCUCUGUCUACACUGUCCUGUGGGGUUGGCACACCCCAGGGCCACUUCCCAGGCCCUCCAUCAGGGCAGAUCCUGCUGCAGCCACCUGCCGGGAACAUGGGUACAGUCCCCUGGAAUGACCCCUGCCUGCCAGACCUGCCCUUCCCCAGUUCCUUCUGUCCGCAAGCUCUGGGGGGCCCCCCGGGAGGGGACGGCUACUUCCUGGAUCUGUUUGCGGCCCCCUGUGCUCAGGCUUCGAGCAGGCAGCCUUCUCCAGGCCUCGCCCGGCUGCCUGAAGGGACCAGGCCCGGAGCUGAGCCCCUACUCAGCAAGGCCCAAGAGGAGCUGCCUGCCGCCGCCGUGGAGCUGCCCUCAGCCCCUGAGGAGGGCCGAGAGGAAGACCAGACCAGCCACGGCCCCUAG